AGAUUCCUCAACAUGGCAACUAGAAACCACACAGCUGUUUCAGAAUUCCUCCUUUUGGGACUGACAGAGGACCCAGCACUGCAGCCCCUCAUCUUCAGCCUGUUCCUGUCCAUGUACCUGGUCACAGUGCUUGGGAACCUGCUCAUCAUCUUGGCCGUCAGAUCUGACCCCCACCUCCACACCCCCAUGUAUUUCUUCCUCUCCAACCUGUCCUUCACUGACAUCUGUUUUAGCACAACCACCAUCCCUAAGAUGCUGGCCAACAUCCAAGCACAGGAUCAGAGCAUCACCUACACAGGCUGCCUCUCCCAGGUCUGCUCUGUCUUGAUUUUUGGUGGUUUAGAAAAUUGUCUCCUUGCAGCAAUGGCCUAUGACCGCUAUGUGGCCAUUUGUCACCCCCUGAGGUACAUGGUCAUCAUGAACCCCAUCUUCUGCAUCCUCCUGGUUCUACUCUCCCUGCUCAUUAGUGUUGUGCACGCACUCCUCCACACUCUGAUGGUGCUGCACCUGUCCUUCUGCACAGACCUGGAGAUCCCCCAAUUCUUCUGUGAACUUGCUCAGGUCUUCAAACUGGCCUGUUCUGACACCCUUGUCAACAACAUCCUGGUAUAUUUGGUGAUUGGUCUGCUUGCUGUUGCUGCCAUCUCUGGGAUCAUUUUCUCUUAUUCUCACAUAAUGUCCUCUGUCUUGAGAAUGCCCUCAUCAGAAGGGAAGCAUAAAGUCUUUUCCACCUGUGGUUCUCACCUGUCCGUUGUUUCCUUGUUCUACGGGACAGGAUUUGGGGUGUACAUUAACUCUGCAGUGACUGACUCCCCCAGGAAUUCUGCUGUGGCUUCAGUGAUGUACACUGUGGUCCCACAAAUGCUCAACCCCUUUAUCUACAGCCUGAGGAACAGAGACAUGAAGGAGGCCUUGAGGAAGCUUAUAGGAAGGACAGCUUCUCCUGUAGCAUGUAUGAUUUGA